GAGCUCGGAGUAGCAAUAAGAGAACGCCCCCCACCCCCAGCGCCGGCGCGCACACAGAGCGGAGGAGAGAGAGCGCACAGCAGCGCGCUGUCUCGGAGACGAGCGGGGCGAUAGAGAGUGCGCUGGAGGCGACACCUGUCAAGUCUUUACUAAACCCGUUUGCUUCAUUUUAAAACAUCGCGUCCACCCCGCGAGUGGGGGGGUCGCACCGAAGAGGCUGUAGAGAUUUGCGACACCCAUUCGGACAAGUGAGCCACAGAGGGAGUAAUGUGCCAAAGACGACGUGUGAGGAGUUGAGGCGGCGAAGUUGAUCCAAAGAUGUCGGCUGGCUGCAGCGAUGAGGGCGCACCGGAGGGAGGAUUUCAUGCGAGGUUGCUUUCUCACCCGGGGACCCACUGACGCAGAAACUUGUGAGACCAUCUGUUUGGAUCCUAAACAACCAACCUCUAAGGAACCCUCACACAUCCAGCCAGAGUGGGCGGAGGAAGGAAGUUAUUAAAUAUUCAACAGUGGAGCAGAAGGAAGUACCAGGAAAAAGGCUGAGGAUCCGCGCACCAAAAUGGCAACAGAGAGUCUUGCCGAGCUCCGCGAUUGGCUAUUUCUUCUGCUCCUGUGCCUCACGCUAUUGGCUGAAGUGCUGGAACUGGCGGCGGCGGCAAUUGCUAUGGAAACGGGUGAAGGAGAUGAAGGAAUUGUUUGUCCCUCUGUUUGCCGAUGUGAUGAAGGUUUCGUCUACUGCAAUGACCGUGGUCUCGGCUUAAUUCCCCCUUUACCUCUGACUGCUGCCAUCCUUUACCUGCAGAGCAACCGACUCACUAACGCUGGACUGCCUCCAUCUCUGGAGCGCAGUAGUUCAAUACGAGUCAUUUAUUUAUAUGCCAACCAGUUGGAUGAAUUUCCUAUACACCUCCCACCAUCAUUACGUGAGCUCCACCUGCAGGAUAAUAAUAUACGAACAUUGCCACGAUCAGCCCUGGCGAAGUUACCCUUACUAGAACGUUUACACCUGGAUGACAAUUCAAUAUCAACGGUCAGCAUACAAGAGCGUGCAUUUUCUGGGACUCCACGGCUAAGGCUGCUAUUUCUGUCUCGGAACCACCUGUCAAGCAUCCCUGCUGGCCUGCCAGCAUCAUUGGAGGAAUUGCGAUUGGAUGACAACCGAAUCAAUACUAUUCCCACGCAUGCCUUCCGAGGUCUGGGAUCCCUGCGCCGCUUGGUCCUCGACGGUAAUCUAUUGGCCAAUACACGCAUUGCAGAUGACACCUUUUCACGGCUCUCCAACCUGACUGAGCUGUCGCUGGUGAGAAACGCCUUGCAGUCUCCGCCAGUCAACCUACCGUCAGUGCACCUUGUGCGGCUGCAUUUGCAGGAUAAUGGAAUGACACACAUACCACGUGGAGCAUUAGAUGGAAUGAGGCGGCUUCAAAAGCUAGACCUGUCAGGCAACAACCUGACAAGCAUUCCUCGAGGACUUCUAAGGGACACAGAAAGCUUGGAAAUGUUGCUUUUAAGGGGGAACCCCUGGUACUGUGGCUGUAACCUCCGCUGGCUUCAUGCAUGGCUUCACAGCAGGGGAGUUGCAGUAACAGUCAGGGGUCUAACCUGCCAGGGACCAGAGGCGGUACGAGGGCAGUCCCUCAAAGACCUUACUGCUCUAAUGGAACAGUGUGAAGGACCACCUUCUGGACCUAGUGUUGGAGGAGGGUUAAACCAAGGAGACAAAGAAAGAGGAAUUGAGGACGGUCUUGAGGGGGGACAUGGAUUGUCAAUUGUUCCCCAUGGCAGCACUGCCACGACCUCUCUUUUGGUACCAACACAAGGAUCUCUUUUCACUCUCCGAGCCAAGCGACCUGGCCUUGUUAUGCCAUUGCCUCCAGGAGAAGAAGGACACAUAUCUGGAGAGGCCAUUGAAUUGACCGUUAAACCCAUUUCUUCAGACAGUGUGCUUGUCAGCUGGCUUAGUCCACAACCAGCACCUUCUUUCCGCCUGUCAUGGUUGAGGUUGGGUAGUAGUGCAUCCCUUGGGUCUAUAACAGAGACUCUGGUACCUGGUGAGAGGAGGCAAUACCUUUUAACACAGCUUACACCACGAUCCCAUUACCUUAUUUGCUUGCUUCCACUACGACAAGACUCUUAUUUCGGAGGCUCAAGCAUGGGCUCUUCUCGAAUUGCCAGCAUGGACUUGAACAAUAAAGACUCGAGCCCUGCCUGUGCUCAGAUAGAGACUGGAGAGGCUGUGGUAAGCUCCAGAGGAGAUGGGUCUGACAAAGAGGGACAGGACUCAGAACUUACGGCUCUGCCAUUGGCUGGAAUUAUUGGUGGUGCCACUGCUUUGGUAAGCUUGUUGUUAAUUUUUGGCAUAUUCUGCUGGUACGGACAAAGAGCAGGCUACAUGUCUGGGGACUCAAACUCCUACAGCAGAGGCAGAGGUGGAAAACAUUAUGAUGACUAUCUCGAGUCAGGCACCAAGAAAGACAAUUCCAUCUUAGAGAUCAGGGCUCCUCCAGCUGGAUUUCAGAUGACCGCUAUGGCCCAUCAGCCCCUUCAACCUAAGCUCGAGGAUGUCACCUACAUCCACACAAUUUUCCCCUCCUCUUCCUCGUCAUCACAGACCAAUGGAACCUACAGAGGUGGUCAAUCAGUUGGCAGCCUUAACGGGACCAUUGUCAGCCAAACCAGUCACCACCGUGUCACCUAUGGUACUAACCGUGGCUACAGAGAGGGCGGCAUUCCUGACAUAGAUUAUGCCUACACGUGAUGAUCCAGGGACAAAUGCCCGAAGCCACAAGGGCCUGGUGUCAUUUCUUUAGUGACCACCCCACGGCCACUGGCAACUAUUCAUGGUUUCCAAAGUACCCUUUGUGCCUCUGCUGGUUCAAUUCUGAUUUGCAAGGUAGACAAACAUGAUCUCAAUUUUGAUUAAGAGAAAUUUCAAUAUCUAUACUUCACCGCUGUAUUGCGUAAUACAGUCAUUCCCUUCUUUCAGCACUACUUAUAGUUCUAAAUGUUUUUCUCCUUUGGAUAUCUGUGUCUUACAAAACAAUUGUUCUUCUAAGCUAAUGCUACUUAAAAUUAACUUAUUUCAGGUUGCUUUUUUAGGCUUAGCUGAUAUUGAAAGGUCAUGUAUUUAUAUAUGAUGAAAAGGGCACUCAAUCUGUAUAGCUAUAGCUCUUAUAUCGCCCUACCACUUGUAGGCUCUGUGCUGUAUAGAAAGAUUGACGGGAGGACAAAUAAAUGUUUCUCAUAACUUA